GUCCUGGUCAGUAAACAUGGCGAGCUUGGCUGAUGUCGGUUGGAAGCUGCUGGAGUUUAAAGCCAGAUCUAAACGCUCAGAGCUUCAGUAGUGCUGUAGUGUGGUAGCAUUUGGGCUAACGAACAAAAUGGCCAGCGCUGCCUGUGAGCGUUCCCGUUCAAAACACAGACUCAGCAGACACGGCUCCAUUUAUGAACCUCUCAAGCUGUCCAUCCUGCACCGUGAGGAUGAGCCUCUGUGGGAGAAACUGGACCGGUUCUACAGCGCAGUGAAAUGCACUAUUCUGAACUAUCAGAGCCCCACCACCGGUCUGUUUCCUGUGAAAACCUGCUCCGACUGUAAAGCAGCCAAAGUGCGAGAUUCACUUUACUGUGCUGCCAGUGCCUGGGCUCUGUCUCUCGCUUAUAGACGCAUCGACGAUGAUAUGGGCCGUACACACGAGCUUGAGCAUUCGGCCAUUAAAUGCAUGCGGGGAAUUCUCUACUGCUACAUGCGCCAGGCUGACAAGGUGGAGAAGUUUAAGCAGAACCCGAGCCCGUACACGUGUCUCCACUCCAUGUUUGACGUUCAUACAGGAGAUGAGAUCCUCUCCUAUAAACAGUACAGCCAUCUGCAGAUUGAUGCUGUGUGUCUCUUCCUGCUCUAUCUGGUGGAAAUGAUUUGCUCCGGUCUGCAGAUCAUCUACAACACUGAUGAGGUGUCCUUCAUCCAGAACCUGGUGUUUUGUGUAGAGAGGGCGUACCGUGUCCCGGACUUCGGCAUGUGGGAGAGAGGAAGUAAAUACAACAACGGCAGCACAGAGCUGCACUCCAGCUCUGUGGGACUCGCCAAAGCAGCACUUGAGGCCAUCAAUGGAUUCAACCUCUUUGGAAACCAGGGAUGUUCCUGGUCUGUAAUAUUUGUGGAUUUGGAUGCUCACAACCGCAACAGACAGACGCUGUCUUCUCUCCUACCCCGAGAGUCUCGUUCUCACAACACGGACGCUGCCCUCUUGCCCUGUAUCAGCUACCCGGCGUUCGCGGUGGACGACGACGCCCUUUACAGCCAGACGCUCGACAAAAUCGUCCGCAAGCUUAAAGGGAAAUACGGCUUCAAGCGAUUCCUGAGGGACGGAUACAGGACGGCGAACGAGGAUAAGAACCGCAGAUAUUACAGACCUGCGGAGAUGAAGCUCUUCGAUGGGAUCGAGUGCGAGUUUCCCAUAUUCUUCAUCUACAUGAUGAUUGAUGGUGUGUUCAGAGGAAACACGACUCAGGUGAAGGAGUAUGAAGAACUCCUCCACGCCGUUAUUUUUCAUUCUUAUGAAGGUCAUGCCGUCAUUCCGAAGUAUUACUACGUGCCGGCGGAUUUUGUGGAGGCGGAGCAGAAGAAACACGGCAGCCAGAAACGUUUCCCGAGCAACUCGGGUCAUGAUGAGAUGCUGUUCCUGUGGGGUCAGGCUCUGUACAACAUCGCCAAGCUGCUGGCGGACGGUCUGAUCAGCCCCAAAGACAUCGACCCCAUCCACCGCUACGUACCAUAUCAGGAACAGAGGAACGUUAGCAUGAGAUACUCCAACCAGGGUCCCAUCGAGAAUGAUGUGGUGAUCCACGUGGCACUUAUCGCCGAGAGUCAGAGGUUGCAGGUUUUCUUGAACACGUACGGUAUUCAGACUCAGACCCCUCAGCAGGUGGAGCCCAUUCAGAUUUGGCCUCAGCAGGAACUCGUGAAGGCGUAUCGUUUCUUGGCCAUCAAUCAGAAGCUUGGGCUAAGUGGACGGCCAGAGAGACCAGUGGGUUGCAUUGGGACUUGUAAGAUUUAUCGCAUCCUGGGGAAGACCGUGGUGUGUUACCCCAUCGUUUUUGACCUCAGCGACUUCUACCUGUCUCAGGAUGUCAUGCUGCUGAUCGAUGACAUUAAGAACGCCUUACAGUUCAUUAAGCAGUGCUGGAAGAUGCCGGGCCGCCCGCUGUUCCUCGUUCUCAUCAGAGAGGAUAACAUCAAGGGGAGCCGAUUCAACCCCGUACUGGACAUGCUGGCCUCGUUCAAGAAGGGUAAUAUCGGAGGGGUCAAAGUUCAUGUUGACAGGCUUCAGACUCUGAUCUCCGGAGCUAUGGUUGAACAGCUGGAUUUUCUGCGCGUCAACGAAGCAGAGAUUUCCGAGUUUAAGAGUUUCGAGGAGCUGGAGCUGCCCAAACACUCGAAGGUGAAGCGUCAAUCGAGUACGCCGAACGCCUCGGACCUCGAGCAGCAACCCGAGAUCGAAAUCGAAGAGUGGAAGAACAAAUCCACACAUGAGAUCCUGCAGAAGUUCAACGACUGUGGCUGUCUCGCCAGCCAGGCGCAGCUCGCUAGCGUUCUCCUGAAGAAAGAAGGGCCAGACUUCUUCAGCAAAGAUGAGUUCCUGAAGGCCGAGAUGGAGCGGAUCUACAGGAGAGCAGGCAGCAGGAAACUCUGGUCCGUUGUCCGUCUCGCUGCCAGUCUCUUAACUAAGCUAGUGGACAGCCUUGCGCCGAGUAUUACUAGUGUUUUAGUGCAUGGCAAGCAGGUGACUCUGGGUCUUUUUGGACACGAGGAGGAGGUGAUCUCGAACCCGCUGUCUCCGGCUGUCAUUAAGGACAUUAUUUACAGGAAGUGCAGUCCUCACGGCGAGCGAGAAGCCGUGCUGCAGCAGGAACUCGUCAUCCACAUCGGCUGGAUCAUCUCCAACAACCCCGAGUUGUUCAGCGGCAUGCUCAAGAUCCGCAUCGGGUGGAUCGUCCAGGCCAUGAAACACGAGCUGAAGAUCCGUGCUGGAGAUAUGCCACCUCAGGACAUCUACCAGAUGUCACCUAGUGAUGUCAAACAGCUGCUUCUGGAUGUUCUUCAACCUCAACAGACCGGCAGGUCAUGGCUGAAUCGGCGUCAGAUUGAUGGAUCUCUGAAUCGUACGCCACUCGGGUUUUACGAUCGUGUUUGGCAGAUUCUGGAGCGGACGAGUAACGGUAUCAUGGUGGGCGGUCUUCACCUGCCUCAGCAACCCACUCUGUCUGAUAUGACCAUGUAUGAGAUGAACUUCUCCCUGCUGGUGGAGGACACGCUGAAGAACAUCGUGCUGCCUGAAUACAGACAGAUCAUUGUGGAGCUCCUGAUGGUGGUGUCUCUGGUGCUGGAGAGAAACCCAGAGCUAGAGUUUCAGGAGAAGGUGGAUCUUGAUCGGCUGGUGAGAGAAGCCUUCACUGAUUUCCAGAGGGAUCAAGGACAAACCGAUAUGGCUCAGAGUGAGAAGGAGAUGGAGGCGUUCUAUAACACUCCUCCACUGGGGAAGAGAGGAACCUCCAGCUACCUGACUAAAGCGGUGAUGAUCCAGCUGCUGCAGGGGGACGUGAAGCCCUCCAAGGACGACCCCUGCUCCGUCAGCUGAACACACUUUCCUUUCUUUCCUUCUCUCACUCCAUCUUUCUCUUUCGAACAUGUUUAUUUUAGCAUGUAGCACAUACUCAACCUUUGCACUUCCUCUGGUACAUUUUUAAACUGCACUGUGACACUGAUUUAAAAAAAAAAAAAACCAACAAGUGUUCCAUUCACCACCACCCCAUCCCACACAUUCCCCAUUUUUCAUUUUCUCUUCAGUUUAUACCACAGAGUGAUUUUAAUUUAUCAAUUUGGCCUCUGAUGGUGCAGUUUACAAGUCAAACUGAAUGAAUGAAAGAAUCAGUUAUGCAAGAUCAUGCUACUGCUAUUAUGAGCAAAAUAUUAUUAGGAAGCUCCAUUAUAAGCAGGAUUUUAGACAAUAUGUUUUACAGAAAUUAAUUUUGCCCCAUUUACAGCAGAGCUAAGCUCCACCCACCUGGCAUCAUAGCGACAGUUCCAUUGGCUCAUGUUUCCAAUAAUAUAUCAUUCACAAUAGUUUUAUUUAUAUAUACACAUUAUACACACCCAAACUUUACCCAAAUCGUCUUUCUCAUUGUGGACGGUGUUCAUUUUGUCCUGGUCUGUUUUUGUUUUGCUUUGAUAUGAUGGACCAAAUGUGACAAAAUUAAACAUUUAAACAUUCACGCUCAUUCUUUAUUAAUGUCUGUUUAACUCUCAAGGCCUCUUUGCAGUAAAGCUAGCAUCAGAGUCAGAUGGAGAGCAUUAGCAUUGUUAGCAAUGUGAGUGAAAAUGAGGAGUUCAGAGGUGCUGAGGCUAGUUAGUGAGCUAACGUUAACUAAUAACACAGUCAAGCUAACAUAUUACCCAAUGUAAUUAGCUGAUCCCACCCACUGAGGGUGAUUGACAGGUGAGCUUACCAUGAAUCAAAACAGCCAUGGAAUUAUAAAGAUUAAGAUUAUUCUGUUCUAUUAUUCUAUUAUUCUAGACAAUAAAGAUUAUUCUAUUCUAUUAUUCUAUUCAGCCAUGGAAUUAAUGUGCAAAUUCAUAUUCAUUGUUGAAUGCAAAAGUUUGUGCCCCAUAGGUUUUUGAAUGCAAAAUAUAUCCACAUACUGUGGUGUUUUUUUUUUUUUUUCCCCCUCGCCAGAAUUUUACAAAUAAAAUGGAAGAGUACAACCGGAGAGCGAUGAUAUACACAACGUAAAAUAAACACAAAUAGCAUGUGGAUGCUGUUUUUGGAUAAUUACAUGGUAUUCAGAUCUUUAAUAGUUUAUUUUAUUGUUUGUGUGUUUGUUACAUGUGAUGAUGAAAAAACAGAACUCUGAAUGUUUUAGUGGGUUAUUGUAAGUCAGAAUGAGUGAUUUGGUUUAGCCAUGUUGUCAUUAUUCAUUUAUGGAAGCUGUAUAAUUUUGGCUCGUUUGGUCCACAUAUGGUUCCAUACAUCAUCCUGGUUUUUAUUUAUAUAAAGAACAGAAAAAGGUUAAAGCAAGGUUUUUGUGAUUCCUGGUUCCGCUGAUGGAUUUUAUUUUAUUUUUAUUUUUUUGCAGGACGUCAGGAUAUAUCCGUGUUUCUCACUUCUCUGUGCAUGUGGAUUUUUUUUUCUUCUGUUGUUGCUGCAUGAUGGUUUUUCAAAUGUAAAAUGGAAUUAUGUCUGUAGUUCAGCACAUAAGCUUGAGAAAAUAUAAAAGGUUCUUCUACAGUUUGUUUAAACGGAUUUUUGCUGCUUUAGCUGACCUUUUGUAGACUUAAAGCUCCAGGGGAAUGUAUUAAAGUUGUGUGUGUGUGUACGUUUUCUCCCUGAGGAUGUUUUACAGACCCUGGAAGUGUAGAAAUUAAAUAAAUGCUAAUCUGAAGUGCA